AUGUCUACAAUAGUAACUCAAGUGGACCACCGUUCCUUCUACACCACUUUGGUACCCAAAACAUACCAGUGCUAUGAGGCCAGAUCGAUAUCUACAAGUCCAUUGACAACACCAGCGCUCACAGAGUCAGAUCAGAAGCCCAAGCACCAGAAAUUACAUGCCUCAAGUCUACCUCCACCAAACAGAGCUGAAAAAGCAGCAUCCGCUAAAACACCCCUGCGUGCAGAAGCGGUAGGGCAGACCAAGCCAGUAGAGAGUGUUCCUACCAUAGCGACAGAUGUUUUGUGUGGCGAUGUUCCCAAGAAGUCUCUGCGUUCCGAAGUGUUUACCCCAAACGUGAAGAGGGUAUUGGACUAUAUGGCUGACCCGACUGCUGAUGAAGGCCACAAGGAAUUCCAUGGUGUGAGACCAGCAGAAUUUAGGUUGAUACACGAGGCAGGAGAAGCGGGCCGAAUUUUAACGAAGCCGAGGCUUGCUUACGACUACGACAAGCACAUCUUGUCCGUCGACAUGCCUAGCUUUCUGCACGAAGCUUCUUUCAAUUAUCUCAAACGUCACCUCACACUGGCAAUAGCUCAACUUCCGUAUGAUCCCGAGUUAGUUGAAACGACGAUAAGCAUGAACUAUCCGUUGAAGAUCGGGGGAAGUAAGAUCGUGAACCCGGACAUGACCAUCACCAUCUCUGCGGUUGAUGAUGCGCCAUCGGUGGUCCUAGUUCCCGCUAUCGGAGAGUGCGCAUUCUCGCAGAACAGGGAUAAGGUCUUCAAAAGGAUGGAAGAUGAAAUUGAAGCGCAUCCGGACGCAGUUUUAGCCAUCAUUGUUCUCGUGUGCGAAGGCAUACGUUACGCCUGUCCCAAUGCCGAUUCAAUCGCAUCGAAGGAGUUACGCAACGGGGAAGACGACCCUCAAUCUCUCACUCUCGACGAAUUCAUUAGCCAACGCACAACGCCACGAUCUUUCGACACGCCUAUCAGGGUCGGUGAGCAUGACUGGUGCCACAUCCAGUCCGUUGAGUACUUCGUGUGGGUGAAGGGUGAUCAUCAAGAUCGGAUCGACGUUCGUAAUUAUGAUCCUCAGUUCAUGGCUCAUGGGACUUUGGCCCCCAACUUGAACAUGGACGCUGUAACGGCCAUGCUCGAGAGAGGUGUGCGCAAGAUCAGAGACUGUCUAGUCUCCUUCUCACGGGAGCUGAGCGAGGACGUCAACUGUUCCGAGUUAGAAAAUGCUGAAGUCAGGCAGCCCAUUGUAUGGUGCCUUGGUGCAAAGAACGUGAUGAAGGCAGCCGAUCUCACCGCACAUCAGCGCUAUGACCUCUGGCACGAUGAAGUUUUCAAAGGCGUCAAACGCUCGCACGACGAAUCCUACGAGCCUACUGAGUCGAAGUGCAGUUCCUCGGACUCGGAAAUAUCGGCUACUGUGUCUUCUCAAGACAGUCUCGCUCAAAGCCUUGCGGGCUUUAAGUACAUUUCCCUAGAGACCCUUCCGCAUAACGUUAGCCUUAUUUCACUUCUUGGAGUGUUUGCGAAGGGAGCACAUACGGCGAGUAUCCCCGUCUGCCUAUAUGUUUCUUCUGCUUACAUCUAUCUCCGCGCAUUGCAUUCUAAAGUGCUUGCGCCCAAUGCGUAUGAAGUCUUCGUAACCGAUUCUGAUUUCGAGCCUACUCGCUCAUCUCCAAGCUUGCUCAUGGACGGCAGAUUGUGCGGAAUUGUCAGCAUUGUCUACAGUUUCUGUUCUUUCUACGAGGAAUUUUUUGCAGAUGGGGGUACUGGCAGACGUGAUGGUGACACACCGUCUAAUUCAAUAUAUGCCGGGAGGGAGGGUCACGGGUCACGGAACGGCACGCCGCGACACUCCCUUGGAAAACGCUCGAAGGACGGGCGUGACCUUCGUGAUGUGUAUAGAGAGUACCCCGACGACGAUAUGAAACAGAUGCAAGCCCGCGACCGAGAGCGUAGCGGUGAGAGAGAAGGAAGAUGCACCAAACGCGGUGGUAUCCCGCCCUCGCAGCCUAUCCUUGUGCCAGAAGCCGAAAUUACCGAUUAUGACAGCGCACUGGGCAACAUAUGCGGCACCAACGAAAUCUAUAAAAAAAUUCGUGCACCACUGACAAGAUUCAGUAUAGGACGAGCACGCGUCUCAAUAGACUCAUCUCUGGCCUGA